AUGAUUGAUUGUGAUGAAGCGGUGUACUUGGCGAGUUGUUCAUUUUUCAGCGAUUACUCCAGCCACCCGCAAAAAAUCGAUCCCCUCCCCGAUCAGUCUUAUGAAAUGGAUGAGGGGCCGAAAGAAUAUACAACGCUCACAGUUAUGAAGCGUAGUACUCCUCCACACUCUGAGCCUUAUGAGAUUGGCGUAGAAAAUCAAAGAACUCCUCCGGUUUCGCCGCUUAAAAGAAGCUACAACAACCUCGAACCUCAAGCGGACAAAGUCAGAAAAGACCACGAUAUCCAGGUCGUCAAGAAGCAGAUUGUGAAAUACACGGAUCUGCCGCGCAGUUUCUUCGAAAACCCGGUCUACCAGCCGCUGCCCGGUGGGGGCUACGUCGAGAUUUGCGUCGAAAGCAAAAAAGUACACCCCCGCAUCGCGGCCAUCAAACGAUCUCCCGUC